GCCGAGGGCGGCGGGGAGGCGGCGGGUGCCGCCGGGGUCCCGGAGGAACCGGGGCUGGUGGCGGCGGAGGAGUCGCUGGAGGAGAAGCUGCGGAAUCUCACCUUCAGGAAGCAGGUGUCCUACAGGAAAGCAAUCUCCAGGUCAGGCCUCCAGCACUUGGCUCCUGUGCAUUCCCUCAACAUUGCAGUCUCCAAUGGACCUGUGAAGGAACCAAGGGCAGCCUUAGAGUGGACUGAAAACGCUGUUAAUGGAGAGCAUCUGUGGUUGGAGACAAAUGUUUCUGGGGACCUCUGUUACCUGGGGGAGGAAAGCUGCCAAGUGAAAUUCUCAAAAUCUGCUCUGCGGAGGAAGUGUGCUGCCUGCAAGAUUGUGGUCCACAAUGCGUGCAUGGAGCAGUUAGAGAAGAUUAAUUUUCGCUGCAAACCAACUUUCCGGGAAGGGAGCUCCAGAUCUCCAAGAGAAAACUUUGUCCGACAUCACUGGGUACACAGACGGAGGCAGGAGGGGAAAUGUAAGCAGUGUGGAAAGGGCUUUCAGCAGAAAUUCUCCUUCCAUAGUAAAGAGAUAGUGGCUAUCAGUUGUUCCUGGUGCAAGCUGGCGUUUCAUAACAAAGUCACCUGCUUCAUGCUACAUCACAUUGAGGAGCCAUGUUCCCUGGGGGCUCACGCGGCUGUCAUUGUGCCUCCCACCUGGAUCAUUAAGGUGAAGAAACCUCAGGGGGUCUCCAUACCAGGAGACGAGCCUGAUUGGGCAGGAGACUGGAGCCCCGAAGGGGAAACGGGCGUCUCCUACCCCUAUUGGGAGGGUUGGCAGAAUUCAUUAAAGACUUCAACGCGGCGAAAGAAGAGGACAUCCUUUAAAAGAAAAGCCAGCAAAAGAGGCAAUGAUGAUAACAAAGGUCGGCCAUUCGUGAUAAAACCUAUUUCAUCUCCUCUCAUGAAACCACUGUUGGUUUUUGUAAAUCCAAAAAGUGGAGGGAACCAGGGCACCAAGGUUCUCCAAAUGUUUAUGUGGUAUUUGAAUCCACGCCAGGUCUUUGAUCUCUCUCAGGAAGGGCCAAAAGAUGCGCUGGAGCUGUACAGAAAAGUGCCAAACCUGCGGAUCCUGGCCUGUGGUGGAGAUGGAACGGUUGGCUGGAUCCUCUCAAUCCUAGAUGAGCUGCAACUCACCCCCCAGCCUCCUGUGGCUGUUCUUCCACUUGGCACUGGAAAUGACCUUGCCCGCACCCUCAACUGGGGUGGGGGUUACACAGAUGAGCCUGUGUCCAAGAUCUUGUGUCAUGUAGAAGAUGGGACCAUUGUCCAGCUGGACCGAUGGAAUCUCCAGGUUGAGCGCAACCCAGAUUUGCCACAGGAUGAGCUGGAAGAUGGGUCACGUAAGCUUCCACUCAAUGUCUUCAAUAACUACUUCAGCCUUGGGUUUGAUGCACAUGUUACUCUGGAGUUCCACGAAUCCAGAGAAGCAAAUCCAGAGAAAUUCAACAGCCGAUUUAGAAAUAAAAUGUUUUAUGCAGGGGCAGCCUUUUCAGACUUCUUGCAAAGAAGCUCAAGAGAUUUAUCCAAGCACGUUAAAGUUGUGUGUGAUGGUACAGACCUGACUCCAAAGAUCCAGGAGCUGAAGUUCCAGUGUAUAGUGUUUUUAAACAUUCCCAGGUAUUGUGCUGGCACAAUGCCCUGGGGAAACCCUGGAGAUCACAGAGACUUUGAACCUCAGCGCCAUGAUGAUGGCUACAUUGAAGUCAUUGGAUUCACCAUGGCCUCACUGGCUGCUCUCCAAGUGGGUGGUCAUGGAGAGAGGUUGCAUCAGUGCCGUGAGGUGACACUUCUAACGUACAAGUCUAUCCCCAUGCAAGUGGAUGGUGAACCUUGUCGGUUGGCUCCCUCGCUUAUUCGGAUCUCCUUAAGGAACCAAGCCAACAUGGUGCAGAAGAGCAAGAGGAGAACAUCCAUGCCUUUGUUGAAUGAUAUCCAUAAAGUGCAGUCUGCUGACCUGAGGAGAGUCUCAGCUCCCCCCGAUUCCUUCACUGUUCCUCAUUCCAUCCCUGAACGCCUGCGGAUCAGAGUGAACCGGAUUAAUUUGCAAGAAUAUGAGGGGCUACAUUACGACAAGGAAAAGCUCCGUGAAGCUUCCAUUCCCUUAGGAAUUAUAGUUGUACGAGGAGAUUGUGACUUGGAAACCUGUCGUAUGUAUAUUGACCGUCUACAAGAGGACCUACAGUCGGCAACUUCUACUACACAGAGAGUUCAUUACCAGGACCAAGAAAGCUCUUUCCCAAGAGUACUUUCUGUUCAGAGGCUCUCUCCUAGAUGGUGCUUCCUAGAUGCAACUUCUGCUGAUCGUUUUUACCGCAUUGACAGAUCUCAGGAACAUUUGCACUUUGUGACGGAAAUUUCGCAGGACGAGAUUUUUAUUCUGGACCCAGAGCUGGUAAUGUCACAGCAGGGGGGGACGCCACCUGGAAUGCCUGAUCUGGUAGUGGAGCAGGCCUCUGGAAUAUCAGAUCGGUGGAAUCCCACUGUUAGAAAGAGGAUGCUGAGUGACAGUGGCCUUGGCAAGAUUUCCCCACACUACGAGGUAGCUGACAAACAAAAGGACGCCAGCCAGACCUAUAUGCUGCAGUCACCAGUUUCUUCAGAAGAUCAAGCUCUUUUACAGGCAGUCAUAGCUGGUGAUCUGCUGAAGUUCAUAGAAUGCUGUAAAAAAGGAGCCAAUUUGCUAAUCCAAGGACCUGAUCAUGGCUCCUUGUUGCACCACGCUGCCAAGAGUGGGCAUGGCGAGAUUGUGAAGUAUAUCCUGGAACAUGGUCCAUCUGAAUUACUGGACAUGACAGACAGUGAAACGGGUGAGACAGCGUUACAUAAAGCGGCCUGCCAACGCCAUCGUGCCAUCUGCCAGCUCCUGGUGGAUGCGGGAGCCUCGCUGAGAAAGACGGACUCCAAGGGUAAGACUCCUCGUGACAGGGCUCAGCAAGCUGGUGAUCCAGAUCUGGCCUCCUAUUUGGAGACUCGACAGAAUUACCAAAUGGUUCCCCAUGAGGAUUUGGAAACAGCAGUCUGAUGUCUGAAAACAGAGAAGAGGAUCUUCAGAAAUAGCAAGGCUGUACCUGAGCACUUGGGCAUCGCGUGAGGAAGAAGCUGAUGGAAUCAACAUGUCUCUCGCUCUCGUGGAAAAUAUCAGAGGACAUGCCACCAGUUUCUAAGGGCUACAGAGUCUUGCCACGGAACGGUUAGGUUCCAUAAGUUAGCCCAUGAUGGAUGAGGCGGGACACUCAAAGGUCUGUGGAAUCCACGGGCCAUGGAAAUUUACCUUAAUUGCUUCCAGCAAGUAGCAUGAACUUCUCCCAUGUUCAUCUGUACAAUUUAUUUAAAAAAAAAAAAAAAAAAAAAAAAAAAAAAAGAGAGAGAGAGAGAGAAAAAGAAAAAAAAAGAAAUUAGUAUGGGGGAACCAAACUAACUGAGGCAUUAAAGCACCUAACCAGGCCCUCCACCGUCCCUACAUUUUCUUGCAUACCUUUAAUUCUCCCAUUCCUCUCACUUGUCAUCUGGUAAAUAGUAUCUGUUUUCUCUGUGUUUUCACAAAUGGUCAGGCAGUAGCAAAAAAAAAUAAAAAUUGAGGAGCUCUGGAAUGCCCUUAGGAAGAAAACAUUUUUACCUGCUGUGUUCCCUCCUUUGCUAUCCAUUUGGAAGCUGCAUCCUUGGUGUUCUGUCACUGGGGAGUUUUUCUCACUUUUGGAGAGGAUUCUGCUUGUUGCCUUGUUUUCUAGAGUGUGGUGCACAGUUCAGUUUACAACAGUAAUAAAAACUAACCUCCUCGUUA